GGGCGGGGAAUGACGAAAGGUGGUAACUGUGUGAUAAGGAAGGGUUGGAGGAGAGAUAGUGAAGGCGGAGUGAGUACUGCCGGCGUAGCGGACCCAGACCAGCGUACACCGGCACAUGCACGGCCGUACCUUACUGCUUCAGUAUGGAGUCUGAUAUCCAGUUGCCAGACAAUCCUAAAAUGGCAUUGAUAGACAAGAUGAGUCGAAUCAAUAUUGAUGAGCCUCGGUGGGAUCAGAGCACUUAUGAGGGCCGAGCCAAGCACUUCUUCACCAUCACCAAUCCUCUCAAUUUGAUGUGUUCUUCUGAACAACUGGAGAGGGCUAAGGACAUUGUCACAAGAUACAGGAAGGGUGAAGAUGUGAGCUUGACAGAUGAUGAAAUCUGGAAAGCAAAGAAUGUAUAUGAUUCAGCAUUUCAUCCAGACACUGGUGAAAAGAUGAUGCUUGUUGGUCGUAUGUCUGCCCAGGUGCCUAUGAAUAUGACCAUAACAGGCUGCAUGCUCACCUUCUACAAGACAACUCCAGCAGUGGUCUUCUGGCAGUGGAUCAACCAGUCUUUCAACGCCCUUGUGAACUACACUAACCGUUCUGGAGACUCUCCCAUCAGUGUGCAGCAGCUAGGAACUUCAUAUGUGCUUGCUACGGGAGGUGCACUGGCCACGGCUUUAGGUCUCAACAGUCUGGUCAAGUCCAUGCCGCCCCUGAUUGGCCGCCUGGUGCCCUUCACUGCCGUGGCCGCUGCUAACUGUGUCAAUAUUCCCAUGAUGAGGAUGAAAGAGUGGCGUGAAACGGGGGUGAUGCUUCUGGACCAGGAAAACAACACGGUGGGAUACAGUAAGAAGGCAGCCCGCAGAGGAGUCACCAUGGUGGUCCUCUCUCGGAUUCUCAUGGCUGUCCCCAGCUGUGUGUUGCCACCUAUUGUGAUGAAUAUCCUUGAGAAGCGAGGCACUUUGCGCAGAAUGCCGUGGAUUUCUGCUCCACUACAAGUUGCACUGUGUGGUGUGUGCCUCACAUUUGCCACUCCUGCCUGCUGUGCCCUUUUCCCACAGAAGGCUUCCAUUGCUGUGUCCAGUCUGGAACCUGAAGUGCAGGAGAAGAUCCGGCAGCUGCCUGACGCCCCCGAUGUUGUGUAUUACAACAAGGGUCUGUAAAAGUAUGCUGGUUGUGAUGUGAGAAGUUUAGUUCAUCCUUCUGGAAAUUAUAUGUAUUACAGGGCAUUUUAAUGUAUAUAAUCUUACAUCUAUGUUGAUUUUUUUUCUGUAUCAUAUAAUCUUUAAAAGUCUUCAACGUAUCCCUGUGAUUUAAUUUUCAGCGAAACUUAAGAAACACAGUGCCAUCAUUAUUUAUUAUCUUGUUUGUCAAGGAAAGGUCAUCUUCAUUACUUCAUGCAUAUUUGAUGUGCAGUACUCAAGAUGUCUCCGAAACAGAAGGAUAUUACACGCUAUGUACCAAAAAUUCCUUUGACUCUUGAAUUUAUUGCUCUUUUUAAAUACAUACUUGGUAUAAUUGCUUUU